AAAACAGUGACUCAACUUUACCUAACAUUUUCCAUCAUCUUCAUCCCUCUCCACCGUCGAUCUCCGCCCGGAACCACCACUUGCUUUUCCCUUCUCCGGGAACUUCUUUUUCUACCAUUGCAGAGCUACUUUCGGCAGCAUUUGUCACAGAUGGCUUCUUCCUUCCGAGCAUUUCUGAACAGUCCAGUUGGUCCAAAAACAACUCACUUUUGGGGGCCUGUUGCCAAUUGGGGAUUUGUUCUUGCAGGACUGGUGGACAUGAAUAAGCCCCCAGAAAUGAUUUCCGGCAACAUGACAACAGCAAUGUGUGUCUAUUCAGCACUGUUCAUGAGGUUUGCAUGGAUGGUACAGCCACGAAACUAUCUGCUGCUGGCAUGCCAUGCUUCAAAUGAGACAGUACAGCUCUACCACCUUUCCCGUUGGGCUAGAGCUCAGGGGUAUUUGUCCGAGAAGAAAGAGGAAGCCUCAUCUCAGUAAAGUACCUUACUUCCCAAGCUGCUUUUCAUUUCAUUUUGAGUUUCUGCUGGUUUUUGUGAACCUUGAAGUGUGUGUUUUGAGCUUACCUCAUAAAGAAUUGAUUGAAUCAAUUUAACAUUCAUUUGGUCAAA